AUGACUUUUGAGGACACCACCGCCUGUGACAAUCAAAAGAGAAGGAUGCAGCCAGCGAGCCAGGCUCUGGAGGAGGUAUUGGUGGCUGCCCAGAAGCGUGAUUCACUGACAGUUGGGGUUUAUGAAUCUGCAAAGCUGAUGAAUGUAGAUCCAGACAGGGUGGUUAUGUGCCUGCUUGCUGCCGACCCUGAACACGAAGACAACAUUGCUUUAAAAAUCCACUUCACUUUAAUAAAAGCCUUCUGCUGUGACAACGACAUUAAUAUUGUGCAAGUGUCUGGUCUGCAGCGUCUGUCGGAAAUUAUUGAUGGCCGUUCACAAGGAAAUCCUGAGCCUAGUGACCUCCACUGCAUUCUGGUUUUGGAUUCGAUCACAGAUUCAUGGAAGUGCUCAAGCUGGCAUCAAAUCUCCAAUUACUGUUCAGAAUACAGGAGCAGGAGUCAGUGGGUGCCCUUAAUUUCUUUGACAGAACGGCGAUUGGGAUAA